UAAACUAUUAAACUUUAAAGAUAAAUUCAAUAGUUUUCUUUAAAAUACUAGUUACACAGGUGCUGUCUCUGACAUACAUCCUCUCAAGGUUAUGUGGUCAAUAAAUGUAAACAGUAUUAAAAUUGUGUUAGUGACGCUGAAAAUCAAGAAUCACGGUAGAUUUACGUUUGUGACUAAAAUAAAGAAAAGGAAGAAAAAAUCUUAGAUGAUAAUCCUGUUGAAGUUAAAAAUACAAUAUAUUUUGGUGUAAUGAUUGCAUUAGUGUUGUGUGUAUUUGAAACAAUAAUAGAAUUUACUAAAAAUGCAUACGACUAUUCUAUUGAAUCACAUGAAGAAAAUGUUCAAGAAGUCGAAAUUGCAAAUCGGAAAAAGCAAGCUCGUAAAAGAAGAAAGCGAAAAGGGCCACCGCCGCGGUUGGGGCUGAAGGCGGCGAGCCCCGGCACCGACGAGGACUGCAACAGCAACACCAGCCUCGCUGGCAGCCAGCACUCUGCGCACGAUGACCUCGACGCGCACUGCGACAACUCCGGAUACCUUUGGUUUCUCGACUAUAACCCGAUAUUUCGAGACAGCAACUGCCACCACACAUCAGUCCUGUCCUCCGUAUCAGCGUCCUACAAGGGAAUAAGUGACCUCGCGUCCCGAUUCGAAUUCACGUCCCGUUACAACGACCUCGCCCGGGACUUGGACGCGAACCUGGCCGAGGCUGACAUGGAGAGCUUCAAGACGGAAGACAUACACGCUUUACUCAUGACCACAAAUUUGCCACACGACACUAUCAUUGACGACAGGAAUCAUGACAAUAACCCCCGAGGCGAGAUGUUCGCCAGCAUCUCAAGUUCUCUCUUGGAAAAGUUUCGGUUCGACAGCAGUUUCAGUUUCCACAGUAGCUUUCAGGGUGAAGAAUCAGUCGGUUCGAUUAAUACGAUGUCGAUAUGCAAGUCCGAGCUGUUGUUCUCUCCCGUCAAAGAAGCUAUCCAUGGCGUUCACUUCAGCGUGGACAGCCUCGACUGCGAGCUACCCACAGAGCAGGACCUCAUCCUGACCUGCCAAGCCAAUAAGGACAACUACACCAUCGCGUUUGAAGGCAGUCUUACCACUUAUUCAGAGGACAGCGAGUGUGUUGAACUUCCGGUCAAUCACAAACAUGACAAUCCAGGAAAAGAUGACGAGAAUAUAGUUAUAGAUAAUGAUGAAAGAACGCGCAGGAAUUUAGAAUUACUUGAAAGAUGUAAGAAAAUAACUAAUAAGCUAACGACGUCUAUGGCAAAAAGCGAUUUAGGAUUAACAACUUGGAGUAAACUUAAGAAACAAAGCAGUCAGUCACCUUUGAGAAGGCACCCAUCUGGUAAUAAUAAUGAAGAUUCAAACGAACCAAGUGAUGCUACAAAUGAGAUGAGCAACUCAGUUAUCAAAAGCCAAAGUUUGCCAAAUCUGUAUAAAAGAAAACUUAUGAGCAGUUCCAUCAAUUCGGCAGCUCUUAGUAACUCAACGGUGGAUUCAUUCUCUGCGAACCAAAGACUAACGGGUACUUCCAUAUGUAUGAAAGUUUACGAUGUAUCACAAAAUCGUUCUGCUCAUGAAAGUCAACAUUCAGAACCUAUGAGUACUUCUUCAACUGAUAAUCAAACAUCAUCUGAUAAGAGUCAACCGAAACAACAAUUUAGUUUAGUUAAAUUGUUUAUGAAACAAAAAAGUAUGAGCAAUGAAGGUAUUGUAAGUAUGGAUCAACUUGAUAGGUCUGAAUGUUGGCCGUCAAGUUCUGGCGGUGAUAGUGGCGAUUCUAUCGGAGAGCAUAAUAAAAUUGACGCAAAAAUUGAAGAUCGUGCCCAAGAAGAAAUUCCAAACCAUGAUGAAGAUGUUGUUUAUGAAGAGGUUCAGAACAUAAAUCCUUACAACAAUAGAAUAUAUGAUAAUAUUUUAUUAGAAGAAGAAGAGAUAUCAGAUGGAGUUAAACUAAGUGAUAGUGAAACUAAUUUAUAUGCCACAGUAAACAAACCUCAUUUCAAAAGAACAAAUGUAAAUGUUAUGAACAGUCCCUCAAAACUAAAAAGUACAAGAAAGUCUUAUUCUUCACAGUCAUCUGCAACUAGCGUCAGUAUUUCAAGUUGUUCGGAAUCUGAUGGCACUCAAAUCACUAGAAUGAACAAAUUAAUGCACCGGGAACCUUGCGAUCAUAAAUCGACUUCUACACACUUGGAAGCGACUAAAAUUGAUAAAAGUAUGCAGACAAGUUUGCAACUCUCAACUGUAACUCAUGAGCGUGAAUUGCUAAAGAUAGUAGAACCAUCUUUUCUUGAAAAAUUGAAAGAAGGCGAUUUUGAGAAACCGGUAUAUGUCUUGUAUCCGAACUAUACCCUACCAGAUAUUAGCUUUUUAAAUGGAAGACCAAAUAUUUACUUGAAUCCUGUGCCAGUUAAUAUGACAUCAAAAACCAGUAACAAAAAAAGAACAAGAUUAUUUGAUAAAGGAAAAAGACCAUUUUCCUGUAACGAUUUCGAGAUGCUUAAGAAAAAAGGUGUCGGUCACAUUAAAGACUGGGACUCGCUUAACUUUUUAUUGCCACAAGAAUGUAAACAAAUGUUGUCAGAGUUGCCUGAAGUUAUGCAACAUCUAAGGGAUAAAGAUGGAAUGAGUAAAUGUGGGGAUAAAUACUGCAACGCUGUACGUUCAUCUAAGUCCAAAACUCGACCAAUGAGUUGUGACUGCAAUAAUUUAGUAGGUAAUAAUACUGCAGUAUCAUCAAGUUCAAGUACCGCCACUCAACCUUCUUCCGGUUAUCGAGGUUCUUCAACCAUGCUAACCGAUUCUUCAGCUCAAAAUAGUCCAGCACCUGCAGGCAACUUUAAUCCCUUAUUUGUCUAUCGCUACGACAGUGCAACCAGUUCCGAAGCGAGUUGUAUGAAUAAUGAUCUUCAACGAGCUAAUCCUGCAAUUCCAAAGCGGUCUCUUUCAUUAGCAGAUCAAAAUCGAAUCGCUAAACAAGGUGAAUUGGCACCUCCACGACCACCACUACCUAAAAGUAUUUUGCGAAAAUCAAUGGAUAAAACACGAAAGUCAAGUUCACAUACUAAACGAUACAGUAUGUUUGAAAUGGAUAAUUUUGCGCAGGAUCAAAUAACUUGUAUGACAGCUGCAACAGAACAUAAAACGAAACGACGAUCAUUACAAGAGCCGUACUACCUUCAAAAUCAAAAUUUGGAUUAUAAAAAAAAUAACGAUUUAGCAGCAAAGAGACUUUCUCAGCAAUUCCUAGAUGCGGCAGAUAAAGAUGCCGACUACAAUGAGUACUAUCAAGAUGAGGGAGUUGGUACUGAAAGUAGCUUAGAAUCUGGAAAAUCGAAUGAAAUGAAGUAUCAUAGACCACACACACCUCCAAUGCCUAAACCAAGAACAAAGAAAAUUGAAUAUAUGGAAUUUCCACCCCCAAGUGCACUUAUUAGCAGUGCUGACUUACAACAGUUAGAAGAAUUCUUGAAGCUUAGUGGAGUUCAAUGUCAAGAUAUGGACGCAUGGGAUCAUACUCAAGUGCAAAAGGGCAAAAACUUGGCCGAAAUACCAAUAUGUGAGGAAGCAGAAACAAGUCCAGAUGAAUUUGGAAGUCCAGUACAUCAAGAAGGUAGAGGGAAAUACGAUUUUAUUGAUGUUUCACAAAAAAGAGCUCUCGUUUCUAAUGUCACCGAUGCGGUAGAAAUGUUGAUUCAACAUUUCUCGCCCGCCACUGAUCAAGUUGAGCUAGCAUUCCUAGGGGACUCCAAGCAGUCUCCAGCCUGUGCAAAAAUCGCACUGAAUGCUUUGUGCCCUGCUUUGUAUGCUAUAUUCAGAGAUGGCCUCAAGGAGAGUAUUGAAACUUCAUUCGGAGCCGUUAAUAACUCGGUCUGGCAAAUGGUCGAAGCCACGGCAAGGCAAGGUCCGAUAACAAAAUCCCUCAAUGAAUUAGUACUCCGAAUCAACAGCGAGGACGCAGUGACUGAAGGACUGGUCAAAUUCAAUGCAUUCAUUUUGGGCCUACUCAACUCACAAUCCGUGGACGCCUGGGUAUCGUAUGUGCGGACGAGAGAAUCCAUUCUCUCGAAGCAUUACGGGCCCGACUCCAUCAUGCUUGCCGGUUGCGUCGGCGAGCCGCGCUGCCGAGCCCUUCUGGAUACCUUGCUGGCCAGUUUGGAGCCACUCAAACUGCUGCCCUUCUCCCUUGACCUCAUGUUCGAAAUGAGAGAACUUCACAGAAGCUUCAAGAAAAUCGAGAGCGACAUGCGCGCUGCCAGUCGACCUACUUCGAUUAACACUCCGCCACUCACACUGAACCAGCGCAACUUGCUGAAAUUGGUGCGGUCCAUGCAGUCCAGCGGUCUCUCGAGCGAUGAUUGUCAGACCAGCGUUAUAAUGAGGCAUAAAGAGCCCAAAACUAAGGAGCCGUCAACCCCUGAUCUACUGAAUGACUCGGCAAAUGUAAAAACUACCUUAGAAAAGAAUAGACCUCGGUCAUGUGUUAACCCGUCGGCACUUGGCUAUGACAUUUGCCCGAAUAACAGCAGGAUAGAAUUAGAGAACAAUAGAAGAUGGUCUGGGGUUCAGUUAGGCUCGAAGUUGAUGCAAGCAUUCGACCGUCUGGUAUUUGACGAUAGUGACGACUACACAGAUAGUCUUGAAAACAAUAAGCCCCCUGUUAAGGCCGCCACAGCUGAGACGAAGUUGGAGUGUAGUGGUGAGGAACAAUACCGGCCAGGGUCUGCGAGCAGCGGAGCCAGCGCUAACACCGGCGCGGGCAGCGGGCACUCCGGGGGGAAGUUCAGGCGGCUGCAGCUCAAGUGGGAACUGCUCAGCAACGCUGAGAGCCCCACCACGCCUUCAGGCGAGACGUCUCCAGCAGCGGCCCGGGGCUCCAAGAUCCCGAGGCCCGUGUCGUCUCCUGUCAGACCCCAGGCGCCCGCGCUGCAGUCGCCUGCCAAAAAUACACAUCGCGGAAUCCCCGUACCUGUGCGCAAGGGCACGUCCCCCACCACAUCGACGCCGCGCGCAACCUCCACUGCGCGCCCCUCCGCUGCGAAAAGGCCGCAGCCUGCCAACAGAACACUACCAGAGACUACAACGAAGAAACCAGAGACCAAACCUCGGCCAAGACUAUCCAUAGAGGCAACAGUUGUUAAAAACAUCCCAGUUGCUAAGAAAUCGCCGACGUCCCGCGUGGACCAGACGUGGGGUGCGCCGGCGCCGCGGCCGGCGUCGCUGCCGUACGGGCGCGCCGCCGCGCCGCCCGCGCCCCGCCGCGCCGCCUCCUCCUCCGCCUCCAGGCACCACUCCACUCCGCCACAGAAACACAAAUACGUGAGAACAUUGUGGCACAGAUUGCCAUCAGAUUCGGGGCACCUCGCCUUCAACGAGGGAGAGCGUCUCCGAUUGAUCCUCGAGGUGGAUGAUCAAUACCUCCUAUGUUGCCGAGGCGAACAGAAGGGGCUGGUCCCGAGAGACGCGGUCUUGCUGGAGGACUUCUGAUAUUGGCAGCCCUAGCACGACUGGCUGCCAAGCUGGCGGCCCUUGCAACUAACCAGACACCCCAGAAAAUAGUGCGUUGAACUAUUGUGUUAAUGUGUGUGUGUAAUGUUUGUUAUCUCUUUUAUUCAUAUCGAUCGAAACUUGAAUAAAAUGGACAUUGUAAGUGAUGUGAAUAUGGGAUUUGUUUCGUUCGAGUGUGUUGUAUGCGGUUAUAAUCUGUCUGGGACAUUUCAAAUCCAUGAAAGCAAUUCUGCUGCUCCUGUACAUAUACUAUAGGGAGUCACUCUCGUCUGCAUUACUUUCAUCUAGUGUAUAAAGUUAUUUUAUUUGAUGUUACCUAUUUACGAAUCAUUUAUUUUUACUCUCAGAUCUUAACAUCACCUUUGUAUUCUCAUUUGUAGUAAAAUCUAGUCUUACGUUUUAGGGAACGACAUAGUCUUGGACUGUUUGUACAUACGAGUAUUUAUCAUAGAUUAUCCGGCGGGUGAUCGCGUGUGUUUUACAGUAAAUAUUUCUCCAAUGGGAUGUGAUAUAGAUAAAUAUUUACUUUAUUGUAAGAAUAAAAUCUCGUAUAAAUAGGAAAAAUCUCAUUUGUAUGCUAAAUUAUUCUAAAUUCAUCAUUGCUAAGAGGAAGACACUUAAAAUUGUUUCGGUGUUUAGAUGAAUAUUAUUAUUAUGUGGUUUGAUGUCUAAAAUUACCCUUUAACGAUAAUGAAUAAUCAUAAUGAUAUUAAAUUGUGUGUAAUAUAGGAACCUGCUAUCAUAUUUUGUGUAAUAAAUUAAUCCAGUAUCCUAAAUACAAAAGUGUAUGUAAAACGAUACGCGGUGCGGUAUAGUACUGACAGACAAAACUAAAUCGGAUCACAGAUUUGUGCUAACUCUUGAUCUCAAUAACAGCUUGCAUCCAAUCCUGAAACACCUUCCUUCCUACACGGUCAGUGGUCCUUUUACAGUUUCAUGCUCAUUACAGCAACAGUUCAGUAGGUGGCGGUAACAAUCAUUUCCUACUAACAUCACCUUUCCCUGCACCUCUCCGUGGAGCUCACCUACUAGUUUUGGAAGUGUUGGUGUUGGUGCUUAACACCCUGUCUUCAACUAAUCGCAUGCGCCUCUUCCCACUACACCUCCUCAGCCCAGCACAGCAUUAUGAAUCUUACGUUCUUUACCAAAAGAACAGCAGUUGUUCAUUUUGCCGCACCACAUUUUACUCUUAAUAACGUAGAUGCUUAACGCUAGAAAUAUUCAUCGAUUUUGUGAUAUCAUAUCCAUAUCACUGCUUAUAAUCGAAUUGUAAAGAUGAUAUUUUGGUACGAAUUUGUAUUGCUCAAGUUGGAAACGUUUUAAGACGGUAUGAUAUUCACGAAAUACUCAAAAAUGUAGUAGGUAUGUAACCUUUAUUGUACUCAUCAAUUGCGUAUUUUAUCGAUUUAAUACUAAAUUGUACAUAAGUAAUAUUCUAUGAGAAUUAUCGUUAGUAGAAAAAAUUAGAGGUUAAAAUUUGUAACAAACCUUUAAAUGCACGAUACAGUUCCUCUCGUAGUCCGUCGUGCUAUCGAGCCACAACAUUGGUAAAUCAUAGUGGUAAUUGUAGUAAAAAAAUAUUAUAAAGGUGUCUUUCUCGAAGCAUAGAUGAACUACCUCUUGCCAACUGCGAACUGCGAUCAAAGAAACAAGAGGCUUGUCGACGCGUAAAUCUCAUUAUAGGAUGGGCGUAUAUAUGUUAACAAAAAUUUUAGGACUGUAAAGUAUAAAUAAUACAAUAAUUAGAUACGUAACGUUACUGGUAGUUAAACGGUUUAAUAAGUCUUAACCCGAGUAAACCAUUAUCCUUAUGUAAAAUUUUCGCCUCAUUACCACUUUAGAAUUAAUAAGCGCUUUGUGACUGAAUGAUGUGAUGUGGCCUUUUGUAUGUAUUAAAGUUAUUAUAAUGUUAUAGUGUUGUGAGUGUGCGCUUGUUGCAUCAGUCGGAGUAUUCAUGUAUCGUCUACUUAACAUUGCAUUGGAGAAUGCUUCCACAAAUUAUUUAUAAUAUUAUAGUAAUGGAACUCCUAAAUAGCCGUAAAGUAUUAGCCAAGGAACACGAAGGAAAGGCGAUGCGGCCACAAAUUAGCUUCGCGACAGCUUUCACGUAAUCGCUUAGCAGGAAGCAUGUACUUUUCGUAAUUUAGAAACCUUUAGAGGAGUUUGUUAGACGUAAGUUUUUAUCAACAGUUUGUAUUAUCGAAUGUUGAACAGGUUUUUUAUAAAAUGACACAACUCCUGCGCGUUCGUUUUAGGGUAUUGUUGGGAAGACUGUGGCGAGUCAGUUGUCCUUAUCGGUACAAAGGUUAUUUUAUUAUUAUGAGUGUAAGAUUUAAUUUAUAUUUUACGAUCGGGAUCAAUAUUUUUUGAGUUAAAUCUUUAUUUUCUUAAGAAAAAAAAAAUGUAAAAAUUAAAAAGAGGCUUUCGUUAACAUACGAAGC